CUAGGUGGAAUUCUACAUAUUUGAUGCUUGAUAGUGCUAUACCUUACCGUCGAGCAUUUUCUGAUUUUAAGGUACUUGAUAGUCAGUUUAAAUGUUGUCCUUCUGAAGAGGAUUGGGUUAAAGUUAAAAGGAUUGCUAAGUUUUUGUGUCCUUUCUAUGAUGUCACUACUUUGUUUUCAAGGAGUCAAUAUCCUACUGCCAAAGUGUAUUUUCAUAAAGUUUGAAAAAUUCAUACGAUGAUAAGAGAAGCGAUAUAUAGUGAGGAUCUUAAUAUCAAGGAAAUGGCAAUAGAAAUGGAGAAAAAGUUCAAAAAAUAUUGGCAGGAAGAGUACAGUCUGAUUGCUACAAUGGCAAUAGUCCUUGAUCCUCGGUAUAAGUUAAGUCUCGUGGAUUUUUGCUUCUCUAAACUUGAUCUAUCUACUUCCAAUGAAAAGGUAAAGGCUGUUGAAGAUAAUAUGCAAAAAUUAUUUAAGGAGUACUUGAAACCUUCAAUUUCUGAUGUUGAUACGGUAAGAAGUAGUAGUGGUGGAUGUGAUGUUGAAAUGGCAGAUGAAAUGGAGGAGUAUGAUAAUUUUGUAAGUCCAUCUCAACCUGGUUCAAAAAAGACACAACUAAGUUUGUACUUGGAAGAGCCUGUGUUGGUUCGCAAAGGAAAUGAAAAUUUAGAUGUGCUUAAAUUUUGGAAGGAUAAUAGGAUUAAAUAUCCGAAACUCUCAUUGAUGGCACGUGAUUUGUUAAGUAUUCCUAUCAUCAGUGUUUCAUCCGAGUCCGCUUUCAGUGUUGGAGGUCGUGUUAUUGGAAAAUUUCAAACCUCUAUUUUACUCGAGAAUGCAAAAGCUAAGUUGUGUUCGCGAGAUUGGCUUUAUGGUCAUCAAGCUUCUGAUGACUCUGAAGAGGAAGAUGACAUUGCAAUAGACAUGGGGAAAUUUGCUGCUAUACCUUCCAGCUAGCUGAUGUUUUUCUCAGUUUUCUUGACAGUGGAAGAAGAAUGAUGCUUAGAGGAUGAUGAGUAGUAGAGAAAUGACCAGAACCUUUUUCUCAUAGUGACUAUUAUAGUUUUUAUUACAAACAUUUGUUUGGAUGUUGUUGUUUGGUUGGUUGUUGUUGUUGUUGGUUUUAAUGAGGUUGUUGAUUAUGUGAUAGAUGGCCUUUA